GUGUGUGACCGGUUCACAAAGUCAUUUAAUAUAAAACUUUGGUCAUCAACCGAUUUCACGUAACAAUAAAAAUAAACCGUUUAAAUAAUUUUAAUGGAAAUUAAAAAUUACGUAUUACAUAUAGCUUACAAUAUAAAAAGACACUUGAUAAUAAAUAAUAUUAAUAAGCAAGUGAUACCAGUUUAAAAUUUAAAAACAAAUUUUAUUUUUUUGUCUUUUCGAAAUACAGAAAGGAUGAGUUUUAAAACAAGUAAUGAACCCUAAUUGAGUUUGAAGACAAUGACACUAUCUGAUAGAUGUCCGAGUGUGCCAAAUUUAUCACAAACACAAGCAACAUCAUUACCAAGAAAACGUGUGACACUUGAGCAAAGUUACAGUAGUCCAGGAAAUCAAACAACAACAUCAACAACAAAUCGUCGUUAUCAUCGUGCAAAUACAUCAAUUUUAUUAACAAGAUGGUUAUCAUCAUCAAAAAAAACAAACACAGUAGAUCCCGAAGCAAAUCAAGAAGUAACAUGGGACUCCGAAGAUUAUUGUAUGGAUUAUGGAAAAGCACCACCAGUAGAAGAACCACAUUGUUAUUCAAUGUGUAUGAGUGAAUCAUCAAUAACUGAUGAUAAUGAUGGUUCAUUUAUUGUUAGUCGUGAUAUUAUAAAUGGUUUAUUAUCAGAACAUAUGAGAUUACUUGGUGUAAGAAUACAAUUAAUUGAUGAUCUUGAAAAUGGAUUAUACAAUGAUAUUAAUAUAUUUUUAAAAUGUUUAGAAACAUGUAGAUCACAAGAAUUAAAUGUAUUAUUAUUAUAUGUAUCAUUUCUUGGACAUGAUAAUCUAAUAGCAUAUCUUCAUAAAGCUGGUGCUGAUUUAAAUCAUUGUGAAAAUGAAAGAAAUUUAACAGCAUUACAUUUAUGUGCAUUUUCAAAUAGUUUAAAUGGUGUAAAAUAUUUAUUAACAAAUGGUGCAACAAUUAAUUAUUCAAAAAUUCAUACACCAUAUCAUUAUGCAGCAUUUGGUAAUUCAUUAGAUGUUGCAAAAUAUUUUUUUGACAUUGGUAUGUGUCAAGAUUCACAACAAAAUGAUGAAACAGUUCUUCAUGCUGCAGCAAGAUCAAAUUCAUAUGAUGUAUUAAAUUUAUUAGCACCAAAUAAUUUAUCAAUAAAUCGUAUUGAUUCAUCUGGCUAUGCACCAAUUCAUCAUAUUGCUGAUGGUGGUGAUUCAUUAUGUAUGACAAUAUUAUUAGAAUGUGGUGCAAAUGUAAAUUUAUUAAGUAAAAAAGGUGAUAGUGCAUUACAUAUUGCUGCUGAAGCUGGUUGUACUGAUAAUUUAGAAUUAUUAUUAAAAAAUGGUGGAAAUUCAAGUAUAAAAAAUCAUCGUGGACAAACAGCACUUCAUUUAGCAUCACGUACACAUUCAUUAGAAUGUAUUGAAGCAUUAUUACGUAAUGGUAAAAUUAAUCCAAAUGAUAUUGAUAAUGAUGGACGUACAGCAUUACAUUUAGCACUUGGUAGAUCAUUAUUAACAUAUGAUGUUACUGAAUUAUUAAUUGAUUGGCGUGCUGAUGUUAAUAUAGCUGAUAAAUAUGGCUAUACACCAUUACAUGUGGCAGCUUUGAAUGAAUUAUCACAAUGUGUUGAUAUAUUAAUACAACAUGGUGCUGAUUUAAGUGCUAGAACAAAAGGUGGUACAACAGCAUUAUCAAUAAUAUUACGUAAAACACCAACGUCAUUAAGUAUAUUUAAACAACGUUUAGAUUCAUCAAUAACUUUACAUCAACAAAGUUCAGCUGCUGGUGAAAUGGAAUUACGUUUAGAUUUUCAUCCAUUAUUACAACAUCGUGGACAAGGUGAAAUUGGUUAUCUUGGUACAUUUGUUAAAGAAGGAUAUAAAGAAGUAUUAGAACAUCCAUUAUGUCAAUCAUUUUUACAUUUAAAAUGGCAAAAAAUACGUAAAUAUUAUGUUGGACGUUUAUUUUUUUAUUUAUUUUAUGUUGUUGUUUUAACAUCAUGGGUUAUGACAGCAUUAGCACAUAAUUGUUAUAAUGAAUCACAUGGACAAAUUGAUGAUUCAAAUAAUCAUCCAUUAUGUGCAAAUUCAACUGGUUUAAAAGGUUUUUUUCAUCGUCAUCCAGAAGUAUUGGAAAUUGAAUGGUAUGCAUUAGUUGUAUUAACAAUAUUUGAAGGUAUGAGAAAAGCAACUGGUAUAUUAACAUAUCCAUCAAUAAGACAAUUUAUAACACAACCAGAAAAUAUUGUUGAAUGGUGUGUUAUAUUAAGUGUAUUUGCAACAUCAUUUGUUUAUACUGGUAGAACAUAUACAUGGCAAAGUCAUGUUGGUGCAUUUGCUGUAUUAUGUGGAUGGAGUAAUUUAAUGCUUAUGAUUGGACAAUUACCAAUGUUUGGUGCAUAUGUUGCUAUGUUUACAAGUGUACAAGCACAAGUAUUUAAAUUAUUAUUAGCAUAUGCAUGUUUACUUGUUGGUUUUACAGCAAGUUUUUGUGUUAUAUUUCCACGUUCAAAAUCAUUUAGUUCACCUCAUACAGGAUUAAUUAAAGUACUUGUUAUGAUGACUGGUGAAUUAGAUUUUGAAGAAUUAUUUUUUCCUGGUGAAGAAGAUACUGGUAGACAUGUUGAUGUUGGUAGUACAAGUUGGAUAUUAUUACAAGUAUCAGCACAAUUAUCAUUUGUAUUAUUUUUAUUAUUUGUAACAAUUGUAUUGAUGAAUUUACUUGUUGGUAUUGCUGUACAUGAUAUAAAAGGUUUACAAAAAACAGCUGGUCUUGCUAAAUUAGUUAGACAAACAAAGCUAAUAUGUGAUGUUGAAAGUGCAUUAUUACUUGCAUUAUUACCACAUAAAUUAAUUAAAUUAUUAAGUUGGACAACGUUAGUAUUACCAUCACCAUUAAGAGCAAUAUUAACUGUUAGACCAUUAAAUCCAAGAGAAAAAAGAUUACCAAGAGAUGUUCUUGUUGCUGCACAUAGAGUUGCUAAAAAUAAAAAAUUUUUAUAUUUAAAUACAUUAUCAUCAAAACGUAGUAGUAAUGCAUUUACAUACAGAAGAAAAAGUGAACCACCAUCAUCAUUUAGAUAUGAUCAAUUUAAUUAUGAUCAUGAUAAAUUUAUUGAUUAUGAUUAUGAUAAUAAAGCUGGUAAUAAAUUACAAGAAAAAAUUAUUGAAUUAACUGAUAUUUGUGAAAGUAAUAGAAAACUCAUUGAUAAUCUUGUUAAAAUACUUUCAAAUGAUGAACGAUAUUUUUUUUUCAAACAAGAAGAAUUAUCAAAUAAUAAUAUUAAUAAUAUAAAUAACAAUAACAAUAGUAAUAGUUUUAGACAACGUAAUUAUUCAACAUCAUCAACAACAACAGCUGAUACAAUGAAAGAAAAAGAAGUGUUAUCAUCACGUUUAUCAUCAAUUUAUAAAUCAGCACGUCUUGCACGUCUUCAUGAAUUACCAGAUAAAGUUAUUGUAACUGAUCAAGUUGAAUCAACAAUUGAUAUGGAAAUUGAUGCUGGUGAACCACCACCAGUUGAUGAAUCAUUAUUUUUUGAUAAUCUUGAAUCAUUACGUAAUGUUGAUAUAAAUGGUACAACAUUAAAAAGUGCUAUGUGGUCGGUAUUUAGUAUGACAGAAAUUAAAAAAUUAUUAAAAAUGGAACGUAAUGAUUUUAAUGAUAAUUUUUUUAAUAAUAAUAAUAAUUUUGAUGAUAGAUUUAAAAAUAUAGCAUAUGUAUGGGCAUGUUUUCGUGGUUUAGAUCAUUUAUUAACAAAACUAGAAUUACAUGGUGCUAAAAUUGAUUAUGUUGAACCAUGUACUGGUAUUAAUGCAAUACUUGCUGCAUCAUUAUCUGGUAAUAUAGCAUGUUUACGUCAUUUAAUUGAUAAAAAUAUUGAUGUUAAUUAUGUUAGUAUUAAUAAUAAUUAUACACCAUUACAUUUUGCUGCAUUUGGUAAUUCAAGAGAUGCUGCUGAGCUGCUAUUAAAUAGUGGAGCAAAAUUAAUAUUAAAUAAUAAUGAUGUUGAGCCAAUAAUACAUUGUGCAAUACGUGCAAAAUCAUUAGAUGUUGUUAUAUUAUUAUUAGAAAGAGGUGUAUCUGUUAAACAACGUAAUCAACAAGAACAAACACCAUUACAUGUUGCAUGUAUUGUACAAGAUAAAGCAUGUGUUGAAGCAUUAUUAAAUACAAAUGGUACUGAUAUUAAUGCUGUUGAUCGUUCAAAUAGAACACCAUUACAUUUUGCUGUUAUGACAAAUGGUUCAUCAUCUGAACUUGUUGAAUUAUUAUUAAAACAUCCAAUAAAUGUUAAUGCAAAAGAUAAAGUUGGUUUUACACCACUACAUAUUGCAGCAUUAAAUGAACAAUCACAAUGUGUUGAUGCAUUAAUAUGGUCAAAUGCUGAUAUUAGUGCAACAACAAGUACUGGUUUAUCAGCAUUAAAUAUUAUUCUACGUAAAAUACCAGAAUCAAUUAAUGUAUUUCGUCAACGUUUAGAUGCAUCAAUAACGCUAAAAAGACCAGUACCACAUAAUCGUGAAUUUGAAAUGAAAUUACAAUUUGAUUUAUUAUUUCCAAGUAAUAAUCCAUGUGAAACUAGUUUUAUAAAUACAUUUGUUAUUGAAAGAAGAAAAGAUUUACUAUCACAUCCACUUGUCAUGGCAUUUUUACAUUUAAAAUGGGAAAAAAUACGUAAAUUUUAUUUAAUGAGAAUAUUAUUAUAUGCUAUGACUGUUAUUUGUAUGACAACAUACAUAUUAACAGCGCUUGCAUAUAAAUGUUAUAAUAAUAGUAAUAAUAAUAGUAGUAAUAAUGAUUAUAUUAACAAUAAUAAUUUUAAUAUUAUUAAUACAACAACAAUAACAACAACAAUAAAAUCAUGUGGUAGUAAAAGAAUAACUGGUUUUUUAUUUCGUAAAACAGUUAUUGAAAUUGAAUGGUAUUUAUCAUUAUUUUUAACUUGUAUAACAAUACCACGUAAAAUAUUUGGUUUUAUGGUACAUAAAUCAGCAAAACAAUAUUUUUCAAAUAUUGAUAAUGUAUUAGAUGGUGUUGUUAUAUUAAGUGUAUUUAUGACAUCAUUUAUAUAUACUGGUAGGACAUAUGAUUGGCAAAAUUAUGUUGGUGCAUUUGCAAUAUUAUGUGCAUGGACAAAUUUAAUGUUAAUGGUUGGACAAUUACCAGCAUUUGGUACAUAUGUUGCAAUGUUUACACAUAUACAAUUUGAAUUUGCAAAAUUAUUAUUAGCAUAUUCUGGUUUAUUAAUUGGUUUUACAAUAAGUUUUUGUGUUAUAUUUGCUGGUGAGCCAUCAUUUGGUAAUCCAUUUACUGGUUUAAUUAAAGUAUUAGCAAUGAUGGCUGGUGAAUUAGAUUUUGAAGGUCUUAUUAAUCAACCAGAUCAAUUAAAUGAUGGUGGUCCAUUUGUUAUUUAUCAUCCAUUAUCAGUAUGUUCACAAAUAUUAUUUACAUUAUUUUUAGUAUUUGUAACUGUUAUAUUGAUGAAUUUACUUGUUGGUAUUGCUGUGCAUGAUAUACAAGGUUUAAGAAAUCAUGCUGGUUUAACAAAACUUGUUAGACAAACAAAGCUUAUAUUAUUUACUGAAAUGGUAUUAAAUAAUAAUGCAAUACCAUUUGCAUUUCGUAAAUGGAUGUCUGAUCAUGAUAUUGAUAUGGAAAAUCGUAAAAGAGUAUUAAUUGUUAAACCAUUAAAUCCAUUAGAAAAAAGAUUACCAAAAGAAAUUUUAAAAGCAGCAUAUGAUAUUGCUAAAAAAAAUGUACCAAUAUUAAAUGAUGAUGUUGUUAGUUUUAGUGAACAUGUUACAUGGAUGAAAAAACAAGAAUGUGCUAGUGAUUAUAAUAAUAGAGAUUUUGAUAAUACAUUUAAUCAAUUUUCAAUUGACAUUAAGGUCAAACAAGAAGGUCUUAGAAUUAUUAAGGAACAAAUGCUUGAUAAUAAUAGAAUGUUGACUGAUAUUUUAUCUAAAUUAAAUACAAAUGACAAUAAUCAUAUUGUUUAAUACAAAUUAU